GCGCUCCUGAGCGCAGUGCCACUUCUACGUAUCCGCCACCGUUGCAGCGAGGGCGGCGGCGAGGCCGGCGGUGACAGGGCGGUCGCGGACGCGCACUGGAACGUGGCCCUGCUCCAGCACCAGCUCCUGGACGACAGCCGCCGCGGCCAGGAGCGCCAGGAGCUCGGCCGGGAGGCGCUGCGCCACCUGCGCGAGGCGCGCGACAUCCACGCGCGCGUCUCCGGCGAGGGCGCUGCCACGGCGGCGGUGGACGCCGCCGCCGGGGCUCUGCACCGCGCUCUGGGUGAAGACAAGCUCGCAGUGGACGCCUUCAAGAGGGCCGUGCGGGCGCGCCAGCGGGCCCACGGCUUCGCCCACCCGGAGACGCGGCGCGCCGCGGAGCAGCUGGCGUCGGCGGAGGCAGCGGCCAGCGAGGCCCUGGAGCGGCAGGAGGAGCCGGGCCGCACCGAGACGCACCUGGAGUUCUGCGUAUGCGGCGGCAGGCUCUGCAAGAAAGGCGAUGCGACUCACGAGGCCGUCGUCCAUGACCUCCACACUUUGAAGACAGUGACGGUCACGCCCUGGCAGUGUCCCAACUUCGUGUGGGUGGCAGAGCAGUGUUUCUCUUGGUUUCGUGGCUACUCGCGGAUCUUCAGCGAGAUGUCGCCGUACCGCCACCGCUUGUUCGUCUUGUGCUUCGUCGCCAAGGACAACUCCAUGUUGUUUGCUGGCGACGCUGACCACCUGGGGCCCCAGGCAAGGAAGGUCGCAGGAUGCGGUCAGGACGCGGGCGGCGACCCGCCGGGCCCGGCGCCGCCUCCGCCGGCGCCCUCCCCGCCGUCGGCCGCGCCCGGCGGCGGCGGCCCGCGCGUCGUGGCGGCGGCCGCCGUGCCGCCCGCAGGCGCGCGCAGGCUGUCGCGGGGCGGCGGCAUGGUGCACGGCGGCCGCGGCGCCGGCGCCGGCCAGGGCAGCCGCCCCUCGGUCCAGGGCGUUGGCAGUCGCAGGCGGCUCCAGGCCGACUGCCCAUGGGAGCUGCCGUCCGCGUCCGAGCGCAGCCCUGCCAAGCGCACGAGGAAGAUGCGUUGCUACGGCAACUGGCAUGGCAUCGAGCAGGGCUUCCAUCGUUGCGGGAGGUACUUCAAGCGGACUGACAGGGCCGCACCUCGUGCACCCAGACGGAGUACGGAGAGCAUCGAGCGCAUAUCGUUGAGCGCGACGCGAUGCAAGCAGAAGGACAGCAAGAUCACGGCGGAGGAGGGCCAAGGGAAGCGUCGAGUCAGCGGGCAAGUGCAGUGGCUAGUCAGCACCGUGCAGGACAUCACCGAGAUCAGCAACAGAAUCACAGAUGCGAAGACGCACCUGGUGGAUGUCAUGUUCCAGAACAUCGACCUGUCACGCGCGGCAGUGGUCGCGCUCGCCGAUUCGAUCGUAGCGAACAUUGGCAAGAACAAGACGACUAGCCAGGCCGGGCUCAACAUCAUUUUUGCCGACAACGGGAACUACAAGUCCACGAGAGGCGGAGGCGGCCGGGCGAAGCUCACGUGCCAGCUGAAGGGCUUGCGCGGCGAGCACUACAGGGCGAAGCAUCCCAAGCGUGUCAGACCGGCGCAGCAGCAGUACGGCACGGAGGACUACAGGUAUUACAACAAGCCGUUAGGAACGUCAGCUCACAAUAACCAUUACUACGGCGGCAAGGCCACUGGCGUCAAGUCCCACACCUACGACAAGCAGACGGUCAAGAGCACGGGUGAGCAGACGAUUCAGGUGCGGAAGGACCAGUACACCCCGGAGUGGGCAAAGGCGUCCGCGGGUGCCGCGUACGCCUUCGUCCAAGGCCCGAAGCGGGCGGCCGAGGCGGUGGGCUUCUGGAUUGGCCAGGCCGUCGGCUUGUUCGGCCUGAACGAGGCGCUCCCGCUCGAGCGGCGGGAGGAGGAGGUCAUCAUCGCUGGCACGGAGCUGCAGCGGAUGGGCAUCGUUCCCAGGCAGCAGCACGCGAGCAGGAUGCACUACAAGGGCGCUCGCCUGACGGACGAGUUCAUCGACCUUGUUGUCAAGGACUCGAGAACCCCGAGCUGCACCCGCUGA